AGGGUUACAGAGGUAAGCAUGAUGGGUUGCAAACCAGUGCGAAAGCGUUGCAACUUUGCUGCAAGGUGGUCGCGGCAUGAGCGCCUGGCACUGAUCUUACCAUAUCUGGAGAGGCUGCUUGAGAGCCUGUAUCGAAAUUUCAAGUUUUGCGGUGCCAGUCAGGCAGCGAGCUCUAUCGGAGGACUACGACGAGAAGGCGAGACAGGAUUCAUGGGCAAGAAAUUUGCACAAACGCUUGAGCUCAAACCGGACAAAGCCCUUAUUGAUGAAUACAUAGAGUAUCACAAGUUAGUUUGGCCUGAGGUACUCCACAGUUUGAAGGAAAUUGGGAUUCUGGACAUGACAAUCUGGCUUCAUGGGAAUCGGUUAUUCAUGGUCUGCGAAGUGCCUGAAAGUUUCGAUCCUUCGAAAGACUAUCAAACUUAUACAACUGAUGCAAUUUGUCAAAAGUGGGACACUCUAAUGAAGGGCUACCAACAAAAAGUGCCAACUGCCGAAGAAGGUGAAUGGUGGGCAAGUAUGCAAGAAGUGUUCGACCUGAACACGCAACUUAAGGCCUUGAAUGCUUAGCUCCCAUGCAAAAGUUUGAGUCCAGGACUACUUUUCUGUGUAUUGCUAAACUAGGUAUAGCUAGGGCGUAGUUCAUGCAUACAUCUGCACCCUAGUACGUACUGAUAUACACGGGUGUGCCAUGUGAUGCAUCUGAUAUGCAUAAAUGCUAAAACGCAUCGUACGCAGGCCCUGGUCGAUCUCACGCAGGCUCGAUAUCUAGCUCACCGGCGGCAGCUUGCCCAAUGGCUAUAUCUGGCUCAGGGCGUUGAUGAUUGCAAGUGACUGUCCAUAUUCAGACUGGGG